GAUUCUAUUUCUGGCAAUCUUUACCCAUGCAGCAUGCACAAUGGUCAAUGGCGCUGUUGUCACAUUGCUUAAUAUGUGAUCUAGCAUGGAGGAAUUGUUUGAAGCAAGUAAUGUCGACUACUGUGUUCAACCUGAGCAAGACUGCAGCCACGUCCAAUCCAACAAUUCCUACAGCUCCUUCAGUGUCGGUCCAGUGCCUUGUUAUUUGAGCAUUGUCUCCGAUACUCUGUCUUGCAUAGCCUGUGUGACCAUGCUAGCAAUUUAUAUAACAUGGGCCGACAUUCGACAAAACAUUGCACAAGCUAUCGUCACUUUUAUAGCUAUAGCUGACUUCCUAACGGCUGCAGGCUAUUUGACUGGCUCGUUCAACUUGUUGACACAUGUGUUCACUGAUCGCCGACCAGACAGACGCGGAUGUGAUGUGUUCACCACAGUGUGUGAGGUUCAAAGCUAUAUCGUUACCUAUGCCACAAUGAGUUCUUAUUUCUGGACCAUCAUUCUGGCAUUUCAUUUUUAUAUGACUAUUGCUCAGGAGCGUCCAAAUUUCACGAAGCGAUUACUGCCAUUCUACCAUCUUAUUGCUUGGGGUGUUCCGAUACUAAUAGCAUUUCCACUUCUAUGUGUUGGAAAGUUAGCAUAUGCUCCAUUUGUCACAGGCAUGUGGUGUUAUAUGGAAAUUUAUCGCAACUCUCCACCUUUCGGCGAUAAUGGUACUGCUGUUUCCGUCGUCACACAGCUGCCAGAAAUAGUUGCCUUUUUUCUAAUUAUCGUUUUAUUCUCUCUGACGUGGAUCACAAUCUAUAAACAGGCAAAGGUAGUUGUGCAUCAAGGUGGCCUACUAGUGAGAGAGCAGGCAGUUGCCAUGGAGAGAGUGUCUAGAGUGAGCAGGAUACUUCUAUUCGUACCAGUGUUGUUUGUUCUCCUGAGAGUGUGGGCAGUAGUACAAUUCCUGUACAUAAGCUACCUUAGUCAUCUGACAGACGAGAGUGGUCGCUGUAUUCCCACUGACCCUCACAAGACCAUUCACGUUGCACUUGGUGUACUGCAGGCAAUAGGCGCUGGUGGACAGGGCUGGACCAAUGCCAUUCUCUACAUCUUCUUCUCUCCAAAGAUCAGGCGAAGGUUGCUGUGCUGUUUCUUUGCACGCUGCAAGGAACAGUGUGGAAAGAGGAAAUCCAGAGAGUCUCAGAAUGCAUCUGUCACUCAAUGCAGUCCACUUUUGGAAUCUGUCACUUCUGCAUCAUUUGUGAGAGACAGGAAUGUGGUAUAAGUGCAUAAACCAUUAGCUAUUUGGCUGAUUACAUGUUCAUUGAUGUCACACUUUGCUAUAGUAAUAAUGUGUGCAAGAGGAUGAUGCAAAAAUGCUUGAGGCGUUACGCAAUGCAUGAGCGUAUAUAUAAACUAUGAGCGAGUACAUUACUCAACUUUGAGCAUUAUUGCAUGUCCGACAAUACAACUUAUUACACACUUAAGUGAUUUAAAGUACAGUCACAUGACUGGAUUUGAUGGAUGUAAUUGGCUGUAUAUAGGUCACAUUAUAUCAGCAAUAACUCAACAUAAAAAUGUUAUGUGGUGCAUGCAUGCAUAAGCAGAAUUUGUGUGCAUAAAAUAUCAUUAUUUUGAUGAUUAUUUUAGUUUUCUGUAUACCGGCGGUACAUAAUCUUGAACGCUGUUAUGAUCACGAUAUUUUAUUAUACUCGUAAUCAUGGCACGAUUUAUUGAUCAAUUGUCCUGGUGUUAGAGAAUAGGUAAUAUAGUUUUUUUGUUAUGAUAACGCAUCAGAAAUCCUGGGAUUGGUUCCAUCUCGUAUAUACAAUGUACUUGCUAUAAGUUAUGCAUUAAUUUUUAAUGUUCAUGCAUCCAAUAUGUAUAUGCAUGUAUAUAUAGCGGCUAAUAUAAUUAUUAUACAGAUAAUAGAGCGGAAACGAUCUCCAUGGUCUGGCUCAUUAUAGUAGCUGAUAUUAUAAGGCUUGAGGUUUGAUUGCACCAUUAUUAGUUACUCGUAUAACUUUGAAUAUUGGUUCUUGCUUUUCAUUGCCUGAAUUCAUACACCAGCGUAUAAUAAUAUAUAGGAGCCAGUGGGCAUGCAGGGUUGGUGCAAUGCAAUCCUAUCACCCAAUGGUAAGGAGGAAGCUAUGUGGAGAGCCCUGUAGAGGUGCUUACAAGCAACUGAGAAAUUACUACUGUAACAGAAAUUGUUCGAAAUAUAUAAUUCAAGCGAUCGACCUGCACUUGAAGAAGCUGUAGUUUCUGGCAUCAUUGGCUAUGGAUUAUUGCGAAUCAGAGGAACCGAGAAGUAGAUAUACAAGAUCAAAACGUCUGAUUAAACUUCUGAACGACAGCACCUGACAAAAGAGGGUUUUCUGUCAGUAACAAAAUUAAUACUAACAACUUAGGGUUGUAAAAAAAUGUUCAGUCUUGACUCCUCUUGAACCCUCUAGAUUAUGACCAGAUUAUAUAACCAGAUAACAGAUAACAAUGCUAAUUAAGAUCUUCUACUAUUAUCUGCAGUGCUAGCAGUUUUGUGUAAACAGCUGGAAAUCUGAUGAUCUAGCAUUAAAAAUUAUAUACUUCAGACUUGCUAGCAUGGAUGAACUGUUUGAAACUAAUGAUGACUACUGUGUUCAACCUGAGCAAGACUGCAGCCACAUCCAAUCCAACCUUUCCUACAGCUCCUUCAGUGUCGGUCCAGUGCCUUGUUAUGUGGGCAUUGUCUCUGAUACUCUGUCUUGCGUAGCCUGUGUGACCAUGCUAGCAAUUUACAUAACAUGGACUGAAAUUCGACAAAACAUUGCACAAGCUAUUGUCACUUUUAUAGCUAUAGCUGACUUCCUAACGGCUGCCGGCUAUUUGACAAGCUCGUUCAACUUGUUGGUAUAUGUGUUCACUGAUCACCGACCAGACAGACACGGAUGUGAUGUGUUCACCACAAUGUGUGAGAUUCAGAGCUAUGUCGUUACCUAUGGCACAAUGAGUUCUUUUUUCUGGACCAUUAUUCUGGCAUUUCAUUUUUAUAUGACUAUUGCUCAAGAACGUCCAAAUUUCACGAAGCGAUUACUGCCAUUUUACCAUCUUAUUGCUUGGGGUGUUCCGAUACUAAUAGCAUUUCCACUUCUAUGUGUUGGAAAGUUAGCAUAUGCUCCAUUUGUCACAGGCAUGUGGUGUUACAUGGAAAUCUAUCGCAACUCUCCACCUUUUGGCAAGAACAAUACUGUUGUUUCCCUAGUGGUUACACAGCUGCCAGAAAUAGUUGCCUUCCUGCUUAUCAUUACUUUCUUUUCUUUGACGUGGAUCAAAAUCUACAAGCAGGCAAAAGCUACUGUAGGCCAAGCUGGACUACUGGUGAAAGAGCGGGAAGUUGCCAUGGAAAAAGUAUCUAGAGUGGGCAGGAUACUUCUAUUCAUCCCAGUGUUGUUUGUUCUCCUGAGAGUGUGGGCGGUUGUACAGUACUUCUAUACUAUCUACCUUACUCAUCUGACAGACGAGAGUGGUCACUGUAUUCCCUCUGAUCCUCACAAAACAAUUCAUGUGGUGCUUGGUGUAUUGCAGGCAAUAGGCGCUGGUGGACAGGGUUGGACCAAUGCCAUUCUCUACAUCUUCUUCUCUCCAAAGAUCAGGCAAAGGUUGCUGUGCUGUUUCUUUGCACGCUGCAAGGAACAGUGUGGAAACAGGAAAUCCAGAGAGUCUCACAAUGCAUCCACCACUCGUUGCAGUCCACCUUUGGAACCUAUCAGCACUGAACUAUUUGUGAAAGACUGGAGCGUGGUAUGAACCACUAACUAGUACUGAAUAUUGGCUGAUUGUAUUGUAUGUUGAUGACUAAUAUUUUAUGUGGUGCAGACUUCGCGUGUACGAAUAAUUAUGUUAGCAUAUCUCCCUUCCUACACUCAUCUGAGCUCUGUAAUUAUCAUGCUUUAAUAGUGUUGUGGUUAAUUUAUAUUUUGGCUGGUGUUGG